AUGACUUUGGAGAAUAAUGUAUCUGUCAUUACAGUGUUUACUCUUUCUGGGUUGGGUGAGACAGUGGACUACAGAACCACUCUCUUCUCUCUUACUUUACUGUAUUACAUUGUGAUUAUACUUGUAAAUGUUGCUCUCAUUUUGACGAUAGUCCUGGAUGAAAACCUCCAUGAGCCCAUGUACAUCUUCCUGUGUAACUUGUGCAUCAGUGGACUUUUAGGGACUGCAGGAUUCUACCCCAAGUUCCUACUAGAUCUACUGUCUUUUCAUCAGGUAAUUUCUUAUGCAGGGUGUUUCAUUCAAGCAUUUGUAAUAUAUUCUUCAGCUUGUGGAGACUUUUCUAUUCUAGCAGUGAUGGCUUAUGACAGGUAUGUGGCAAUCUGUACACCACUGGAGUAUCACUCUGUUAUGACUAAACAGAGGGUCACUCAGUUAGCAUUUUAUCCAUGGAUUAUAAAUUUUUCUUUCUUCACUAUUUCUUUUACAAUGACUAGUACCCUAAAGCUCUGUGGAGCAUACAUAGAAAGACUCUACUGUUCAAACUGGUCUAUCGUUAAGCUGUCUUGCACUUCAACCGUCCCAAAUGACAUAAUUGGAUAUAUAAUGAUAUUUUUCUAUUUUGGACAUUUUAUUUUCAUUCUGUGUACAUAUACCUAUCUGGUCAAAUCAUGUCUUAAGUCCAUCGAGGACAGGGGAAAGUUCAUGCAGACUUGCAUGCCACAUUUAAUCUCAUUAUUCAAUGUUUCAAUUGCCUUGUUUUUUGAUGUUUUGAAUAAUCGAUACAGUUCAACACAUUUACCACAAAGCUUUCAAAACUUCAUGGCAAUAGAAUUCCUUGUUGUCCCUCCGAUUUUAAACCCUGUCAUUUAUGGUCUUAAACUAACUCAGCUUCGAAACAGAAUUCUGAGAGGAUUCAUGAACGGUGAAAUAAAGUCAAUUUCUCUAAGUAAGUAA